AUGUCGAUUUACCGCGUUGGACGCGCUCUGCAACGGCCUCUUUGUUCUGCCUGCAUUCUUUCUCGAUUUCAUCGCCUGUAUGCCACUGCCGCAGUGCAGCCUGCCCCGGCAACCGCCAGUAACGACCACGCCGAAUCUUCAUCCGGGCCUUCACCGCCAAAGGCUUCAAAACGAAAAUCCACCAAGAAAAAGAAACAGGAUGCACCUCCUCGAAAGACCGUGUUGGAAGAGAGUAGGGUGCAUUCCCAUCUCGCAUCCCUGCAGGCUACAAAGGGUGUCUUGACCCUCGAUGAGCUUGAGCGACACAAGCCUUCUGGUCUCGCGCAUCCACAGUCUCCACAAUACGAAGAACAGUAUUCAGAACUUCACAACCUUUUACUGCGCUCUUUCAACAGCAAACAACUCAUCCAGUUUAUACGCCUUUCUGGCUCCAACUUACCGCUGUCACGCGACAAAAACUCGUUGGCUACGAUAAUCCUUGAGGAAGUCUGGAAUCUACCAUCUCUUUCCCAGAUAAAGAAGGACAAAAAGGAGCGUACUGAAAUGGGCUCUCAAACAUAUCCACUGGAUCGACGCCAAUCAUUUUUAAUCCUUGGGAAAGAUGGAGUCGAUCUCCUUGCCCUGUCCACCAAAUACAAAGUCCAGAUGUCGUUUUCAUCCAAUCCAUUGUCCUUAAAAGUGUCAGGUUUAAGAGUGCACCUGAAUCAAUUGAGUGAACAUAUACUGUGUUUCAAGGAGAGUAUACGUGACGAAAUCUAUCAGCUUCCGACGAAAUUACCCAUCCGAGCCGACCUGUUGCAACGCGUGUCACGCUUGGCAGGAGCUUUCACGGAGAAUCUCGAAAAUGGGACGUCCCUGUCAAAUCCUGAACGAGAUAUGUUGGUACAUAUACCGCCUGGAAUACCAAGUUCCACCCCAGUCCCCCUCUCAAUGUUUCCUCAUACGUAUUCCCUGUAUCCUUUCUUGUCACCUCGUUCUGUACCGUGGACUUCAAACGGCGGCGGAUCAUUCCGAAUACGACGAGUUGGCGAAUGGCUUGGCAUUAGUUCUAGGGAAGAUUUACUAAAAUCUGGAGGGCUAGCUAUGGGCCGAGGAACUAUUUUGACAAGGGAAGCGGAAAAAGAGGAUAUCAGACAAAUGCUCAAGAAUGUGGUCGGCGUCGAUGAAACCAAAAUCGUGACAGCUUCCUUUGGGCAUAUACUCCUGAACACUCCUCUUUCAACGAAGACGACACUUGUACCUCCCCUGAAAGGAAAUUGGCCUUUAGCGGACAUUCUCAAGUGGAUGAAAGAGUACACCAUUCCCAGCACAUUCUCAACCAGCGUACCAGCGGCAGUACUUGAGUUGACGCCCUCUAAACAACGCACAUUACACCGUCUUAUUUACCGACAAGUGUCUCCAUCUGAUCCACGAGAAAAUCAGAGCUCCGCAAAAACAAUUAGAUUUGAGAUGGCGUUAAAUGCCCCACGGGAGGAGAGUCCAAACGGAAGUUCUUUCUCACCUUCGGCCUCUAUUGGAUCUGAGCAGUCCUUUGAUUUGAUGUUACCCGACCGUCCGACGGAUGUCCAAUUUUCUGUAUCAGACACGAGUAGUCUGACCAUGAGUGAAUGGCCUUCGGAACUGAAGGGAUAUUUCAAUGCACUGCAAUCUUUUAUUCUGGGUUCCGAUGAUGGCGAACCUCAGCCAGAGACACCACUGACGCUUCGUCAUGGGGACGAAACAUACGUUCUUAACUUCAGUUCCAGUGUACGACAACACAUCGAUACUAUCCCGGGGGCUGAUUUCCAGUCCGAUUUUAUGAGUGAAAAUGAGUUGGAUCUCGAAAGCGAUCAGAAAUCUAGUGUGUGCAAGGUCGUCUGCCAAAGUGUGUUUAAUGAUGCCAAUUGGAGGUCGUUUAUGAAGACCUGCGACUAUCUCUCGACCCUCUCUUCUCGUGUCAACCCUCCUACUUCGCUAUUAGAAGAGUCAGUUGGAGAUCUCGAGACGGCAAGAUUUUGA